GACGGAGGCGGGCGGCGGGAGGGACCGGCAGGCUUUUGUGGCGCAGCCGCCUCUCUAGCAGCUCCGGCCCCAGCCCGCGGCUCGCGGACCUGCAGCCCAGCCCGGCCGCGCUGCGUGCCCCGGCGCGCACCCCUCCCACUCCCAUCCACUCGGAGCCACGUCCCCUGCCCGGCUCCGGCCGGCUCCCACCGUCCCCGGCCACCGUCUUCGCCCCUGCCCGGCCCCCGCCCCUUCCAGCCACUACCCCGCCCCCACCCCCUUCUCCACCCGCACGGACUAGGCAGAGGCCUCCCGCGGUCAGGCCAGGCCGGGUCCAAUUAGGGGACUCACAGCCUGCCCCGCUGUGCACCCCGAGGAGGCCCGGCCCCUGUGUCCAAUCCGGAAGUCGCAGGGAAGUGGGGAGGUCAGGAUGGUGGCGCCCGCGGCUUGGGUCUUCCUCCGGGCAGUGCGCGCGGCUCUCACUUCCACGGUCCCGGACCUGCUCUGCCUCCUGGCCCGAGGCUCCCCUCGUGGCCUCGCGUCUGGUCGCCUACCCCUCGCGGUCCACUCCGCCCAGCAUGGACCUGGAUCCGGGGCGCCUUGGUUGCGAAGUGCCAGGAGGGCCCUGAGAUUUGUGUUGUCAAAACACUGGGGGGAUGAUUGUUACCUGACAAACCGCCUCUGGCAGGACCUGAAGCCUCCCAGUCACGUCGAGAACGGGCAGGAGCUCAGGUUGGCGCCGCCGGUGCAGUGGGCAUUACAGCCAAAGAAUUUAGAACGAGUCUACGUGGACACGCAAGUUUCAGCGAGCGGGGAUUUCCUGCGAGGCCGAGCGCGAGGAACAGCCGGCCCCGGAGGCUCGGGCUCGGGGUCUCCCCGGGAACGCGGCCGACUGAGAAGGCCGGGGCGCUCGCCGGGCGCGGCGCCGUCCUCCGUGUCGCCGGGACGGAAGGAGGCGACGCAGGCCAGGAGUCGUGCGCGCGGGUGGCGAGGGGGCGCUGUGGCCCGUGUCUGCCGGCCCGAGUCCCAGCAACGGUGGGCGCGACCCACCUCCUCCCACGGCGGCUUAAUUCGGGGAAGAAGAAAAAACGGCAUCGAGGCAUUUCAAUAAAACCUAAGCGAUUCCUGAUCCUUUCUCAUUGUGGUUCCUUAUGAGCUUUCGGUGUCUGGCGGGGAAACAGUUACCGUUCGGGGGUGUGGCAAACUUUUUUGGCAAUUAAGAUGAAAUAGACACUUCUAUGUGUGUUUCCUUUAAUGAAGUAACAUUGGAAAUGUAAGUGGUUUCAAUGCAUCAAAUCACAUCGCUACCGUAUUCACGGUCACCGGCCCUCCCGUUCCAGGGCUCCCCGCGUUUGUCGAGGGAGAGAGCGAGGCAGGAACAGGGGGCCAGGGACAUGAGAAGUUUGGCUAAGAAAUUUUUAUUUUCUUUGAAAACAAAUGCGUUGUUAUAAAUGGAACAAAAUUUAAGUCAACAUGGAACCCACAUCUCUUUCAAACGUCGUUUCUAGGUCUAGUACUCUGUGAGUAGGUUGGACUGGAUUUCACGCUCAACCGGCAUUUCUAGGCUCUCAAAGACGCUUCCGAGGCCUAAAUGUUUUCCUGGAAAACACGUGCAGAGGAGCAUCCGUGGGAGACUGAAAGGUCCCCGCAGCUCCAGUCCUGGCAGGAUGUGCAAGGCCUCUCGAGGUUUUCAAAUGGGCCCCCGAGGCCUGGGAGAUCCCCGAGUAGCCACGCGGGCGCCACUUCAGGGACUCGGGGCGGCGGCUACUGUGGGCCGGGAGGGCCCCCGCCCGGGCUGCUCUGAGCGCCUGGACCCGGGACCCUGCGCGCGCUCUUUUCUUUUUCUUUCGUUUCUUUCUUUCUUAUUUAUUUAUAAUUUACAUUCUAGGGACCUCGUAUUCAGCUAACCAGCUCUUGCUUACUUAACUGCCCUGUUUUUAGUUCCGGAUUUCUGGGAGGUCUCCCCAUGGCUAACUUGUCCCUCCCGGCUUCCUUUAGCGCUCUGCAAAAUUUGCCUUCCUCCCACAGAUGCCCCGCCUCCGACGUGCUUCCUGAAGUUUCUCUCCCGCUCAGGGUGCCCACAAUCCUGAAUUCUCCAGCAUCUCGCCGACUCCGUCUCUAUCCUCCUCUCCUUCCUAAUCUCGCGCUGGCUUCGCCCUGUUCUCUCUCCUCCUCCUUCCUACGCGCCCCGCCCCCUCCCCCCAGGUCGCACCUCUCCCCGCCCGGGUCGGGAGCCCCUCGUGGCCAGGCGUCCGAGCGGCUCAAGGCCGAGGUCCGCCACGCUGGGCCGCUCGUGUGCGGCUCUCACCCGGCAGACCCUGGAAACGGCGCUUCCCGCCAGCUGCGGCUCCAGCCUGGGAGGGAGCGCAGCGCGGGGAGCCUGCAGCGUCUGGAGAGUGAGGAAAAGGGACAUUCCUUGGAAAUGGACAGAGCCGAGUUCCUUAAAGGGAUCGCAGUUGAAAGAGACCCUCUUCAAAAUCAGCAACGACCUGGCAGCCUUAGUUCCUCAACAGGAGAUGGUUCGAAGAUGAAAUGUUUGAAACUCCGCCGCCGUUUCACCUUUGCACACACGCGCACGGCAGGCCCAGAUCCGCACAGAGACGCAGACACGCGCGCACUCGCGCUUCCCGGAGAGGUCGGCGCGUCUCGCUGAAGCUGUUCUGGUCAAGUGGAGUUGUCAGGGCUUUGUUUUGUUUUUGUUUUGUCUAUUAAAUGUGUUUUACAAGACAGUCUUCAGCAGAACUUAGCUCCCUCAACCCUCCGUCCCUCCAGCAGCUCCUCCGUGGCUCUGCAAUCUUCUAUUUAAACACCAGAGCGCACCUCGGUGCUGGCCUCGGCGGGGGUGCGGGGUGCGGGUCGCGGGGUGUGCGGUCACCCAGGAGGCUGCGAAGAGUGCAGGGGUCAGCUCCAUCCCGACGAAAGCAGAUAGGACUCCUCGCUCGCAAGAAACACUGGAGAAAAGAAAAUAAUUCCUCGAGUGUUUUUACAAUUAUUUUAAUCCAACCAGCGAGGCUCUAAAGAGCGUUUGUCUUGAGGCCGUGUUGAAUACCCUUUGCCAACUGUAAAUUAGGCGUGUGUGCCCGAAA